AUGAAUAAAUCUCCCCAAAUCCGUGUAAGGACAUGUAACUUUAUUAAUCGACGAUACUUUUCUUCUGUCACGCCAAAGUUAAAUCCUAAUUAUAAUCAAAUAUUUCGUUCAAGUAUCGAUUCUCCUGAAGAAUUUUGGUCAAAUGAAGCUUCAUCUAUCUGUUGGUUUGGUAAAUGGUCGAAUGUAUUGAACAAAAAAGAUUUAGUUCAUCCAAAAUGGUUUGAUGGUGGACGUUUGAAUAUGACUUAUAAUUGUGUCGAUCGACAUUGUCUAGAUGGAAGAGGUUCUCGGAUUGCUAUUAUCCAUGAUUCAGCAAUGACCGGUCAGAUCUCACGUUUAACAUAUAGCCAAUUAUUGGACAAAAUCAAAUUGUUAAGUGGUGUAAUGACGAAAUAUGGAAUUAAAAAAGGUGACGUUGUAUUAAUUUAUAUGCCAAUGAUACCAGAAGCAGUUGUGACCAUGUUAAGUUGUGCACGACUGGGUGUUAUACACAAUCUUGUAUUUGGGGGAUUCAGUGCAAAAGAAUUAGCGACAAGAAUUCGUCAUUCAGAACCAAAAUUGAUCAUAUCGGCUAAUGUUGGUUAUGAACCACAACGUGUUAUUAAUUAUAAAGAGAUUCUUGACGAAGCGAUUGAACUUAGUGGUGUAAAUCAACAAAACUUAAAAUGUUUUAUUUAUAAUAGAACUAGUGGUGGUGAGAAAAAAGCAACAAUGAAACGAGAUCGGGAUAGAGAUUUCACAGAUGAAAUAUCAUCAACAAAACCCUAUGAACAUUGUGAAACUGUUGAAUCCAAUCAUCCGCUUUACUUAUUGUAUACUAGUGGAACUACUGGUAAACCAAAAGCAAUUGUAAGACCAACAGGAGGUUAUGCAGUAGCAUUACAAUGGACAAUGAAAUAUUUAUAUGCUAUUAAACCAGAUGAUGUCUGGUGGUCAGCCGCCGAUUUAGGAUGGGUUGUAGGUCAUUCGUACACAUGUUAUGGUCCGUUGUUGAAUGGUAGUACUAGUGUAUUAUAUGAGGGGAAACCGGUGAAUACUCCUGAUGCCAGUUCGUUUUUUCGUGUGAUCGAUCAGCAUGACGUUGUUAGUUCUUUCGUUUCACCUACUGCUAUACGAGUUAUAAGACAAUACGAUGAUGCAGAAAAUGGAAUCUAUUCUAAAAAAUAUCCAAUGCGAAGUUUACGUUCAAUAUUUGUAGCUGGUGAACAUUGUGAUAAAGAAACGAUAACUUGGGCUAGAAAAGUUUUUAAUAAUAAGCCGAUUGUCGACCAUUGGUGGCAGACAGAAACCGGAACUGCUGUUACAGCUACAUGUUUAGGUAUUGAAGGGAAUGAAAAUGAUCUGUCACCACCUGGAUGCACAGGACGUCCAUGUCCCGGCUACGAUGUUAAAUUAAUUCAAACGACAGAAACAGAUGAUCAUCAAGAAGAAAAAACGAAUGAGAUCAAAUUUUGUGAACCAGAAGAAUUAGGCCAAAUAUUAAUUAAACUUCCACUACCACCAGGAAAUUUUACUACAUUGUGGAAAGAUCAUGACUUAUAUAAAAAAUUGUAUUUUGAAAAAUAUCCUGGCUAUUAUAAUACAAUGGACGUUGGUUACCUAACACGCGAUGGUUAUCUCGAAAUAUCGGCAAGAAUGGAUGAUGUUAUAAAUGUAGCUGGUCAUCGCUUAAGUUCGGGCAGUAUUGAACAGGCAAUUUUAGAUAGUAGAUAUGCGACUGAAUGUGCUGUGGUUGGUCUGAAAGAUCAAACUAAAGGACAUGUCCCAUUUGCCUUUGUUAUUUCGAAAAUAUCAUCAUCGGACAAUAAACAAAAUAUUAUUGAUUCAGUACGAAAACAAAUUGGUCCAGUGGCAGCAUUUCGACAACUUGUGUUUGUUAAACGUUUACCAAAAACAAGAUCGGGAAAAAUAGCGCGUAAUACAUUGGCAGCAUUAAUUAAUAAUAAAAAAUUCAACAUACCUAGUACAAUUGAAGAUGAAACAGUUUAUAACGAAUUAAUUCAAGACUUACAACAAGCCGGAUACAAAGAAUUAGGUACACCAUUGAAUUGA